CCAGAUUCACAGCACAAGGGCAGACUCCGAUCAGAGCUCCCUCCCCUGCAGGUGACUUCGAGGAAGACAGUCAAGCGCCGCAGCCCUCCCACUCAACCCAACUUCAACACGGGUCCUUUCGGAAACUGUGUCCACGCAGAGCAACGCCGCAACUCAUAUUCAGGAAGUUCAGCAAUGACCACCGCUCGUCCCCCAGCACAGUUUGCUUUCCGAAGCAACGCCGGCUUCUCCGUUGCCGACGGACCCCCGCGCAAUGCUGCGGUUGAAGGAUUCUCUAGCUCCGACGACGUGCGAGUAUUCUCCUACAGCCCGAAAGGUCGCUAUAUCGCCUGGGUUUUGGCAGCUCAUGUGAAGAUUUUCGACGCGUCCAGCAACGAGCUGGUUCGAGAGAUUCCUUUGCAGAACGUCAUUGAGAUCGAGUUCUCUCCUCAAGGAAGCUACCUAUCGACUUGGGAGCGCUUCGUGAAGGAGGCAGACCCGCAAGCUCCGGCGCACCAGAACCUGGCGAUCUGGAAUGUCGCCACUGGCGAAAGGGUUACUGGGUUCUCACAGAAGAACCAGAAGGGCUGGAACGUGACGUGGACGGAGGACGAAGCCCUCUUCGCGCGUUUGGCGACCAAUGAGGUCCAAAUUUUCAACGCCAAAGACGUUGGGAAGGGCGUUGAGUCACGCCUGAAGGUGGAAGGAGUUACGGACUUCUCCAUUUCACCGGGGUUGAAGCCUGUUGUCGCUGCGUUCGUUCCGGAGAAGAAGGGGCGUCCUGCGGCGGUCACUCUGUAUGGCGUCGACAACUUCAGCACUCCGCUAUCGCACAAGUCCUUUUACCGAGCGGACAGCGUUCAGUUCCAUUGGGAUAAGCUGGGAACGAACGUUAUUGUGUUCACGCACACGGAUGUGGACAACACUGGACAAUCAUAUUAUGGAGAGACGCAAUUGUACUUCCUUUCGACCAUUGGCAGCUUUGGCUGCAGAGUAGAGCUAGACAAGCCCGGACCUGUCCACGAUGUCGCAUGGAGCCCAAAUGCCAAGGAAUUUGUGGUUGUUUACGGCUCGAUGCCCGCAAAAGCGACGUUGUUCGACCACCGUGCAAACCCGAUCUACGAAUUCGGCCAGGCUGCCCGAAACACCGUCAAAUUCAAUGCCCACGGUCGAUUGUUGUUCAUCGGAGGGUUUGGCAAUUUGGCGGGUGACCUGGAUAUUUGGGACCGGAAAACAUUCAAGAAACUCACAACGAUACACGCCGCCAACACAUCCACAUGCGACUGGUCUCCCGAUGGUCGCCACAUCAUGACCGCGACGCUUUACAAACGGCUGAAGGUCGACAACGGCAUCAAAAUAUGGCACUACCAGGGCGUUUUGGUGCACGCCAUCGACGUGAAGGAGAUGUACCAGGUCGGAUGGAGGCACAGCCCGCCACAAAACUGGCCAGAGAUCCGGAACCUCUCUCCAGCGCCGCAAUCCGGUACGGCGACGCCUCCAGCCCCCGCGAAACCCAUGGGCGUCUACAGGCCACCGGGGGCCCGGGGUCCGACACCCUCGCUUUUCACAGACAGAACGUCGACGCCGCCAUCGGAUGGGCCUGGCCGUCAGGCGAAUGGUGGAGGUGGUGGUGGAGUGCCUGGAAUGCCUGCGCGGCAGGAUAGCAAUAACAACGCAUCGAAAACGGCAAAUAAGAACAAGAAGAAACGUGAUGCGAAGAAGAAGGAGGACGCACUACCAGCCGCCCCUGAAGCGCCCGCAUUCAUCCCCGCCGUUGCCGGGGCAUCCGAAGAAGCCAUCGCGGCUCUGCAAAAGAAACAAAAAGUCGCAGCGAAGAAGUUGAAACAGAUCGUGGAUAUCAAGCAGAAAUUAGCCGCUGGGGAGAAGAUGGAGCUGACGCAGAUUAAGAAAGCGGAGGGAGAAGCCGCCGUCAAACAGGAGUUGGAUGAUCUGCGGAAACAGCUGGAGAGCUUAGGCGUAAAGUGAGGUGGAUAGAGCAUGUAGAUUGGAGACAUGGAUUCGAGUUUAGGUAGGGCUCUGGUGGGGGAUCCCGUUCGCCGCUUGACUUGGAUCACCGCGGCCCCAGCGCAAGGAUGUGCUCGUUUCUAUCAUUAUACGUCAGCAAGCUGCAGACCGUCCGCGGAGGGCCUGUUCCUCGAGGGGCCGACCAGUGAACCAAUAGCAUCUGGAUCUCUAGCAAGAUAAAUAUUCGCGCGUGGUGUGCCUAUAUACAUGGGUGGCUAUGUAGCAGAUAUGUCGGGAAUGGCCGUAGAUUAGAUAUUUUCGUCGGAUCUCGCCGCCGGGGAAUAGAUAAUGAUUUCGGAGCGUUGUCUAUGAGUUCAUUCGUUCUUUGUGCCUGGUUGAUGGAAAAUUGA